UUUAUUUCAUCAAAUGCCUUUGAGAGAUAAAAAGAGAGAUGCUAGAAACGGAGUAAACUUGGAGCCCAACUUGUAAAAAACCCUUGCUUCUCGCUUAUUUCCAUUGCUUAGCUUAGAUCCUAAAUCUCCAAACCAAAAUAACCCUAAUCUCUUUCCAUGUAAUCUAACCUUUUAUUGUUCCUCUUCGGCCAUAUUUAAAGGAACCAGUAAUGGGGAAAAGAGUUAAAAAGAAUCGACGAAUACCUCCAAAGGAGAAAAAGGUUGUGGCACCCCAAUCUCCAAAAGUUAUACCUCAGGAGCAGAAAGCUGCUAGUACCGGCGGUGCUGAUGACAAAAUUAUAGUGGUAAAAGAGAGUAAAAAGUGCUCACAUUUUGAAAAUGGUGUUGACCUAGAUAAAUUGUUGACUAAACUUAGGUCUGUAGACCCUAUUCGGUGUGAGGAUUGUAGGGAAGGUAGAAAUGAUAGGAGAGGAGGUAAGGGAAAGGGUAAACAUGGGAAAAAGAAGGGAAGUGCUCCGGUUGAAUCGAAAUCCGAGUCCAAAGCCAUCUGGGUUUGUUUGGAAUGUGGACAUUAUGUGUGUGCCGGGCUUGGUUUGCCUAAUGCUUCUACUUCGCAUGCUGUUCGACAUCUUAGACAAACCCGUCACCACUUGGUGGUUCAAUGGGAUAAUCCUCAAUUGAGGUGGUGCUUCUCUUGUAGCAUAUUCAUUCCAGUUGAGAAAUCGGAAGAAAAUGGUGAAAGUAAAGAUGUUUUAUGUGAGGUUGUAAAAUUGAUUAAGGAACGGUCAUCUGAGUCAUCCUCCAAUGGUGUUGAGGACGUUUGGUCUGGAAGUGGCAGUGUUACUUGUGAAAUCAAAUCAGAAGGAACUAUAUCGAAUUCUUUGGAUAGUAAAAGGAGCUAUGUGGUUCGAGGUUUGGUUAAUCUCGGUAAUACAUGCUUCUUUAAUUCAGUAAUGCAAAAUCUUCUGGCUCUGAAUAGGCUAAGGGAGUACUUCUUGAAUCUGGAUGUGUCGAUGGGGCAGCUAACAAUUUCUCUGAAAGAACUUUUUGCUGAAAUAAAACCGGAGAUGGGUUUCAAAAAUGCUAUCAAUCCGAAGCCGUUUUUUGCUUCCCUUUGUGCUAAGGCCCCCCAGUUUAGGGGCUAUCAGCAACAUGACAGUCAUGAAUUGCUUCGUUGUUUGCUUGAUGGGCUUUAUACAGAGGAGUUGUCAUUCAGAAAACACACUAAUGCUUCUAAAUGUUUAGUUACGGCAAGUCAGGAUCUUACUUUUGUGGAUGCUGUAUUUGGUGGUCAAAUUUCGAGUACUCUCUGUUGUGAGGAAUGUGGGCACUCGUCGACAGUGUUUGAACCAUUUUUGGAUCUCUCACUUUCAGUUCCAACUAAGAAAAGCCUUUCUAAAAAGGCUCAACCAGUCACACGAGCAAAGAAAACAAAGCUGCCACCGAAAAAAGCUGGUAGGACUCGAGGGAAAGUUAACAAAGAUGCAGAUCAAAUGCCAUCUCAAUGUGUUACGACCCCAGUGCCAAACAAUGAAUCUCCAGGUCCGGGACUUAUAGCUGUGCCUAAAACAGAAUCUGUAGUGGCAUCUUCUGGUGAUUCUUCACUCUCACAUGUUUUAGGCCCUAGCACCAAGGCCGAUGAAAUCAGUUCUUCACAGAAUCCUGAUGUUGUGGAGUCUCAGGAUGAACAAGUUUUGGAGAGUACAUUGAAGGAAAAUUCAGGUGGGACAGCUGAUUUUUCUUGGUUAGAUUACCUCUUAACGGAGGAUACACCACCGGAAAAUGAUGUCGGUGUGGAUGAUUUUACUUGGAUGGAUUACCUUCAACAAGAAACAGUAGCGGAUGAGAGCGACUUGAUUUCACAAAAUAACAAUAUCUCCUCCCUUCUUCAAGAUUCGGAUGGUAAGGAUCUAGUUCCAAAUGAAGCUUUAGCAGAAAGUGGUGAGGUUUCUAUAGUUGAAAGGGAAACCAAUCAAAAACCAGAUGAUUCUUCCGGUAACCUUCAAGAAGAGGAGCUUCCAUUGCUGGUUCAAGAUUCUGUGGUUCUUUUGCUUCCGUAUAAAGAGGAUAAUCAUGGAACUGAGAGUGUGAGAGAAAAUGAGGCCUCUUCAUCAAAUACAGGAUUUGGACAAGAAGUGGAGUUUGAUGGCUUUGGUGACAUGUUUAAUGAGCCUGAAAUUUCUGAAGGGCCUAUCAUUGGACCAACUUUGGCAAAUGAAGUUGCUGAAACUGGUUUUCUGGCUGGGAAUAUCAGUGAUUCUGAUCCCGAUGAGGUUGAUGAUAGUGAUUCUCCAGUAUCGGUAGAAAGUUGUUUGUCUCACUUCAUUAAGCCGGAGCUUCUUUUGGAUGAUAAUGCUUGGAAUUGUGAGAAUUGUGCGAAAAUUCUGCAACAUCAGAAGUUGAAAGAAAAGAAGAAGCGGACCAAGGCGGGAAAGGAUUUAAUCAAUGGAAGCAAGACCCAAGGCCAAUAUGCACCAUCGAGUUUAGAUAAGGAACUCCAAUAUCUUAAUGAAGUUAGAACCAUUAGUAAUGGCAAUAUCAAUAGUUCUGGUGAUAGUUUGGUUUUACAUGAUAAGAGUCAAAAUGGUAUAAACCUUGAAAAUAGUCAAACAAGCGAGCUAAAUUCACUUGUAUUAGAAGAUGCUAAUAUGUUGAAAUCAAACUCUUCAGUCUGCUCAAAAUCUAAUGCUCAAGAACAAUCUGGGGGUAUGCGACCUAUUGAACAUUGCAAUGUUGAAAAUUGUAGAGGUAAUGCGAACUUCCAGCAGAGAAAUUCAUAUAUGACCGAAAACUAUCAAUCUGGGGAAAGUGAUGAAGAAGAGAUAUACUACAAAAAUGUGAAGGUUAAGAGAAAUGCUACGAAGAGGGUACUCAUAAAUAAGGCACCACCUAUUCUGACUAUUCACUUGAAGAGGUUUUGUCAAGACGUUCGUGGCCGCUUAAGUAAAUUAAAUGGUCAUGUCAAUUUCAGAGAAACAAUCGAUCUUAGACCAUAUGUUGAUCCCAGGUGCAAAGAUGCAGAUGAUUGCAUUUACAGUCUGGUCGGGGUCGUGGAGCAUUCGGGAACAAUGAGAGGGGGUCACUACAUUGCAUAUGUGAGAGGGGGAGAGAAAAGGAAAGGGACCGAUAUCGAGCCUGUCUGUUCUCAAUGGUAUUACGCGAGUGACCGACAUGUUCGCCAAGCAUCAAUCGAAGAAGUUCUUCGCUGUGAGGCAUACAUUUUAUUCUACGAAAAAAUUUGAGCGAAGGAUGUUCCGAUUCUUAGUGACACGAGGUGCCGCUGGGGUGGGGGGGGGGGGUUUAUAGUAUGCACGGCAACUCCGGUGAAUGGAGACAGAAAAUACAUGAGAGCAAUAGGUGAGUGUAAAACAAGAAAUUUACCUCAUAUACCGUGAAAUUAUAUUUUUCCCAGGAAAAAAUAUAUAUGUAUUCUUUUCUCAAUUGAUUGCUCUUAUUGGUUUGAGUACUUA